AUGGCAGACUUGGGUGGCCAGCGUAACCGGAAUUACCGGCCCUAUGGGGCUCCUGCCUCAAACAUGCAGCGAGAUGCCGCGUAUUCGGAUAUCUUUGGCGCCGCGCCUCCGCCAGGCCGAUCACAGACCAUGAACUCGCAGACUCCCCAGUUCUCCCAGGGUCGUGCCCACACCAUGUCGUCGCAAGUGGCCCCUCCCCAGUUCCAGAGGGCGCCGCCACCACCAACCCGCCAGGUGCCAAAUGGAUACGGAGCACCGCCGCCCGUCACCCCGACAAAUGGAUACCCACCACCGCCGUCCGGUGGUGGGUAUCAGGCAUAUAACCCAGGGGCCGCGACAAUGUCCUCGCAGCCGCCGCCGCGACCGUACCCUCAGGCGGCGGGACGCUAUGCCGCGUACCCUCGACCCCAACGCCUGGAUUCGAGACCGGGACCGCCCCCCCAAUACACCGAUCCUCGAGACUUGGGUCGACCAAUGCCUCCUCCUGCCUUGAAUUCCGAUGCGACGAGAUCACGAUCGAUGGCGAAAUUGAGUGGGCCGUCCUACCAACCGGCCCCGCCUAUCCCGCCGAACAACUUCAACCAUACCUCUGCGGCUGCCUCUCGUCGUGAUCAGUAUCAUCAUCCCAGUUCCCACAUGACCCAACUUGGGCGCACAGUUCCAGAACGGCAUACCAAUGAGCGAGCCAUGUCUAUGACCACCUACGCGACAGACCACAACCAGGCUCACAUUAUGAACAGUGGGAGAUCCAUCCCGGCACGGAGACCACCUUCGGGCGGCCAUGAGCAGCCGGUACCAACGAGAUUCGAUUCAAUGCCGUCAAAUGUGACUGAUGGCUUUAUCAACAAUCGUCCGCCAAGUGAUGCCUCGGCGCGGUCUCGUACAAUGUCUAUGGCGUCGACCGUUCUCCCGGACCGUACUAUGAGUGUCCAGAGUCAGGCAACGCAGGGCUCUAACGGCCAGACCACACUUGUCUCGAACAACUCACGCCGGACUACUACUAAGGUUCCUGUGGUCUACCCUGCCCUCCUCUCUCGAGUCGCCGAUGUGUUCAGGGAGAAGAUAACCCUUGGUGAACGGCAAAAGAACGGCCUGUCCUACCAGAAUGCUUUCACCGGUACUGAUGCCGUGGAUUUGAUUGGCACCAUUAUUAGGACGAACGACCGCAAUCUCGCUCUUCUACUGGGUCGUGCUCUGGAUGCCCAGAAGUUCUUCCACGACGUCACCUACGACCAUCGUCUCCGAGAUGCCCCUGGUGAGGUCUAUCAAUUUAAGGAGACUAUGGGAGAGGACACUAUGACAUCAGACGUUGAUGGUGUGUUCACACUUCUCACCGAAUGCUACUCCCCUACUUGUACUCGGGACAGUCUCUGUUACUCGAUUGCCUGUCCCCGACGACUAGAACAGCAGGCAAGGUUGAACUUGAAUCCUCAGCCGGUUCUGAGAACCUCGGGCUCCAAGGGCAGCCUGCAUAUUGAUGAUGACGAGGACAAUGAUAAUCAGAAAUUGUGGAUCAACAUGGUUCCGAAGGAAGUCUCGGAUUCUAUUGAAGACCGAGAGAAGAAGCGGCAGGAGAUUAUCUUUGAGAUCAUGUACACCGAGCGUGACUUCGUCAAGGAUUUGGAAUAUCUGCGCGAUUUCUGGAUGCGACCAUUGCGCGCAGCGGGCACCACGAAUCACUCUCCCAUUCCGGAGCACCGCCGGGAGAAGUUCAUCCGGACCGUGUUUGGAAACUGUUUGGAGGUGUUGAAGGUCAACGGUGCCCUCUGUGAGGCACUCAACGCCCGACAAAAAGAAAGCCAAAUCGUGAAGACCGUCGGUGAUCUCUUCCUUCAGCACGUCCCUCGCUUUGACCCUUUUAUCAAGUACGGUGCCAACCAGCUGUACGGAAAAUACGAGUUCGAGAAGGAGAAGGCUUCGAACCCGGGCUUCGCUAAAUUUGUUGAGGAUACCGAGCGUCUCAAGGAGUCUCGGAAGCUAGAGCUGAACGGUUACCUCACCAAACCCACAACUCGUCUUGCUCGAUACCCGCUUCUCCUUGAGUCUGUCCUGAAGCACACCGCCGAUGAUAACCCUGACAAGGAAGAUAUUCCCAAGGCUGUGAAGCUCAUCAAGAACUUCCUGUCUCGUGUCAAUACCGAGAGUGGAAAGGCUGAGAACCACUUCAACUUGGUGCAGCUCAAUGCCGCCCUGAAGUUCGGUCCUGGGGACUAUGUGGAUCUGAAGCUUACUGAAGAAAACCGGCAAAUGCUCACCAAGAUGGCCUUUAAGAAGACCACUGCAGAAAGUUCCGAAGUAACUGCAUAUCUGUUUGAUCAUGCGGUGCUUCUGGUCCGCAUCAAGGUGGUCAACAAGCGUGAGGAGUAUCGGGUGUACAAAAAGCCCAUUCCUCUGGAGCUCUUGGUAAUUGCUCAAAUGGAUGAGGUGGUCCCCCGGAUGGGAAUUUCCAAGAGACCCUCCUCCAGCCUUUUGUCCAACAAGACUACCGUGAACCCUCCCCCCGCCAAAGACGGACAGCUCCCGAUUACAUUCCGACACCUUGGUAAGGGAGGUUAUGAACAGACCCUCUAUGCCACGUCCCCAACUCAGCGACGCAAAUUUAUUGAGAUGGUAGAGGAGCAGCAGAGAAAGCUCUGGGAACGUAACAGCAAUUUCUACAACAAAACAGUCCUGAGUGAAAGGUUCUUCUCAGCGAUCAACCGCGUGAACUGCUGUGUUCCAGUUGAUGGCGGACGAAAGUUGGUCUUUGGAACAGAUAGCGGUAUCUAUAUCUCUGAGCGAUGGCCCAAGGACAAAUCAGCCAAGCCAAGAAGGGUUCUGGAGGCUACCCAAGUCACGCAGAUCGACACUCUAGAAGAGUAUCAACUGCUCCUGGUUUUGGCAAACAAGACCCUGUCCUCGUAUCCCAUGGAGGCCCUUGAAAUCGCUGAAGGUGCCAAUGCCAUGGCCAAGCGCCCGAAGAAGAUUCAGGGCCACGCAAACUUCUUCAAGGCAGGCAUUGGUCUUGGUCGACAUCUUGUAUGUUCCGUGAAGACGUCUGCCUUGUCAAGUACGAUCAAGGUCUACGAGCCAAUGGACAAUCUGGCCAAGGGCAAGAAGAAGUCUGCUGUCAGCAAAAUGUUCCAGAGUGGCCAAGACACACUCAGGCCAUUCAAGGAAUACUACAUUCCUGCUGAAUCUUCAUCGAUUCAUUUCCUGCGGUCUACAUUGUGUGUUGGCUGUGCACGCGGUUUCGAGGUGGUCAGCUUGGAGACAACUGAGACGCAAUCUCUUCUGGACCAGGCCGACACAUCUCUCGACUUUGUUGCCCGCAAGGAGAACGUCAAGCCGAUUCACAUCGAGCGCAUGAACGGCGAGUUCCUUCUCAACUAUAGCGACUUCUCGUUCUUUGUCAACCGCAAUGGAUGGCGUGCCCGUCCCGACUGGAGGAUUUCAUGGGAGGGCAACCCGACAGCAUUCGCGUUGUCUUACCCGUACAUCCUGGCGUUCGAGCCUAACUUCAUCGAAAUUCGCCAUGUCGAAACAAGUGAAUUGAUCCACAUCAUGACGGGAAAGAACAUCCGAAUGCUCCACUCUUCCACUCGAGAGAUCAUCUACGCCUAUGAAGAUGAGUCGGGCGAGGAUGUGGUUGCUAGCUUGGACUUCUGGAAGCAAGUAUAA